AUGCUGAGCCACGAACUUCCUGAAGAUCUCAUGAACGAGAUCAUUGUGAGGCUGCCUGUAAAAUCCUUGCUUCGGUUUAAAUGUGUAGCCAAAUCCUGGUACGCUCUCAUCACUGACUCUUGUUUUAUUGCCGAACAUCUUGAACGGUCUAGAUCUAUCAGCAAGAGUCGCCGCCUGAAGCUUAUCUUCCAAUUGGAUAGUUUCACUCGGGUGCCCUACAUAUCCUUGAUUUCUAAAGACCAACCUUAUGUGCUGCAUGAUAUAGAACCUCUCCCUCAUAAGGAGUAUUGGGGCUUUUAUGGUCAAUGUGAUGGGAUUUUUUGUCUGCACGUGAUCAAUAUCAAUGAAGAAGGUGAUAAUGAGCAUAAGCGCAAAUUUUGGGACCCCAAAAACAAAGGAUAUAAUCCGGAUAAAGGCAACUUAAUCCUUUGGAAUCCAGCAACAAAAGAGGAUAAGCUUAUUCCGGUGUCUCAGUGCCUUCUACCUAAAAGCAUAGCUUCUGUCAUGUUUGGAUUUGGGUUUGAUCCCAUUACAAAAGAUUACAAGAUUGUUCAAGUUUCAGAUUGGCCUUUGGAAGGAGGAGUACGUCUAGUUGAAGUAUAUAAUCUUAGUACUGAUUCUUGGAGGGUACUAGAUGUUGUUGUCCCAGAUUUUGAAGUAUGUUUUGGAGGUUGUACGUCUUAUUUGAAUGGAGUUUAUUAUUGGUUAGUUUUUGGCUUGAAUGGGAUCACCAGGAGCUCUAUUUUGAGUUUCGAUUUUGGCAAAGAGGUGUUUAGGAUGAUGCAAUUGCCCCUCGCGAUUGAUUCUUUACAUGGACCAAGCGAUGUUUUUGUACUUGAUCAAAGUCUUGCUUUUGUUAAACAUAGUUAUGCAACUCGAAAAUCUAAGGUUUGGGUCACGAAUGAGCAUGGUGUUGAAAGUAGUUGGACUGAAAAGUUUGAGAUCGGACCACUUGAUGAGUUUCAAUCCAUCUUAGGAUCUUGGAGGGAUAAUGAAAUUCUUAUUGACACAUUUGGUGGUCAAAUGAUUUCCUAUAAUCUUCAAAAUCAACACAUAAAUGCUCCAAAAAUGAGUUAUGAUUUUGGCCAUGUGGAUAGUUUGGUUCCUUUGAUAGAAGAGAUCUUUGGUUUUGACUAUGUGGAUAGUUUGGUUCCUUUGGUGGGGGGGAGGAAACACAACAAAAUAUGA